AGAAACACACAGGGACAACUACACACACACACACUCUUUCUGAUGAAAACUGCUGUCAGCUGCUGUCUACACGUCUAUCUGAACAUCACGUCCACACAACACACACACACACACAGGAGAUAUGUUAACACUCAUUGUGUUUGUGUUCUCUCCCGACAGCUGUGUGUGUUCAUUCUCGAUCUCAGGAUCAGAUUAUUCUGUCUAUAUAAGAGCAGCACAGAAACAGACGCGCACAAACACACACACACACACACACAUCUGACCGUCGUUCCAGCGUUCUGUUUCUCAGUGAUGUGCAAGGGGCUGUCCGCCAUCCCCUCCUCAUGCCUGGAGAAGGCGAAGGGCAUGAGGGUCAAACUCUCCCACCUGGCCGAAAAACAGGACAAACACAGAGUGAAUGAGGAGAAGCCGCCGCAGGAUCUGGAGUCUCUGCUCAGCAGUAAACUGGGCGUUCAGGCUUUCCGCUGGUUCCUGCGCUCGGAGUUCAGCGAGGAGAAUCUGCAGUUCUGGCUGGCCUGUGAGGAGUACAAGAGCUCAUCCGGAGCCAAGCGCAUCUCCAAAGCCCAGCUGAUCUACAAGCAAUUCAUCAACCCUGACGCUCCACACGAGGUGAAUCUGGACAGUGAGACGCGUGAGGCUGUGAUGCAGCUGAUGGAGGAGCCGGCGGUGGACACGUUUGAUGAGGCUCAGCUCCGCAUCUUCACCCUGAUGGCCAAAGACUCGUUCCCUCGAUUCCUGCGCUCGGCCUACUGCCACUAAAGCACUCUCUGAUCCCGUAGUCAGACUGCUGUUCAUAUAAGCAGACACAGUUCACAUGUAGACUCUGUAUUAUUAAACCUGUCCAUUUAAUAAACAUACUUGUGUCAAGA